AUGGCGGACACAGUCGAGGAGAGCAAGCAGUCUAUGUCGGGAGAGGGAAACGCAGAUGCCAACGCCUCGGUAGGCGCAAAGGGCAGCGCGGAAUCAUCGAGUAAGAAAACCGAAAGGAAGACGCCGAAGAAGCUGGGCGGAAAGAAGCCUCAACAGCAGCCCACUCCUGACGCCACUCCUGCCCCCGAAAGCGAUGGCGAAGGGAAAGCUGAGAACGAGGACGCAGAAUCCAAGAAGCAAAGCAACGGCGGCGACGCCGACAACGAAUCCGACGCGGAACCCCAACAAGAGAAGAGCAAGUCGCAAUCGAGACGCCGCCAGUCGCGUGGCCGUGGCCGACGAGGCGCAGACUCCGGUGCCGAAUCUGAUGCGCGAUCCGAUGUCUCGCAGUCUGGAGGCCGUCGCAACCGCCAGCGCCAAAAGAAGGGCGGCAAGGGCGGAGGCCCCCUAGACGACAUCACCGAGAACGUGCCCGGAGCCGACGCCCUCAGUGGAGCCGGCGACAUGGUCCAAAACACUGCUGGUAACGCCGUCAACUCGGUCGGUGACACUGCUGGAAAGGCCCUUGGUGGUCUCACUGGCGGCGGCGGCGGUGAAGAGGAGGGCGGAAAGGACGGAGGUGAACAGCUGAGACUGCGAUUGGAGCUCAACCUCGACAUUGAGAUUCAGUUGAAGGCCAAGAUUCACGGUGAUCUUACGCUUGGAUUGCUGUAA